AUGUUAAUAUCGCAAAAAUUGUUGAUCCAAUUAUGAGAUGUAUUGCCGAUUUGAAAUCUGAUUUCCAAGCAAAAUUUAUCAAAUUUCAUUAUGAUCAUAAGGAUUCUACAAAUAAUUAUUCUACUACAAAUAUAUCAUUAACAAAUAAUUCAACCAAAAGAAUUAAAAGUAUUAAAAGUGUUUUUAAAGGUGAUGAUGAUGAUGAUUGGCAAUCUAUUGAAUUUGAAAAGGCUCAAGAUCAAAAACGGUAUGAUUCAGCAAUUACUGCAGGAAAGUUAUUAGAUUUUCUUUUAACAUUCCAACUUCCUGAUGAAGCUAAAGAACGAAUGAAUAACAAGUUGAAUUCAUCAAAUACUAAAUUGAAUUCUUUGAUUAAUCAAAAUCAAUCACAAACAAACGGGACAAGUGAAAUCAAUGAAAGAAAUUUUACAAAUGAUACAAAUGAAAGAAAUGUCAAAGAUCUUAACAAACAAGUUCCUGCGAAACCAAAUCGUCGUUCAUCCAAUCAAUAUUGUAAGAACAAACGUCGACACAAAGGCAAUACACGAAUUGGACAUUAUGCAAAUACUUGUCCUAAUAAAGGAUCACAUAUUACAAAUCAACAAUCAAAUCGUCAAAGACGUUCUACUCGAUUCAAACAACGUAAUAUUAAUAGUAAUAAAGAUAAAGUUAUUAUAGAAAGU